AUGGAGAAUAAUAAUGGAUCUCCAAGCCAAAAUCGGAACUCUAGGUCUAGGAGCCCUUCUGAUCAUGCAAGAGCUCAAUCUCCAAUUCCACAUGGUGGUUCUGAUCCACAUGCACCAUCAACUCAUCAUCACCCUGCAUAUUCAUUCUCUUAUCCCCCGGGACCAUAUUCCUACAACUAUUACCCUCCACCUCCUUUAUCACCUUCUUCACACCCUUCUCUUCCACACUCACCAUGUAGCCAUAGAUAUGCAUACACCUCACUUCCUGUGUCACCCAGCCCCGGUUCUAGCUCCCCUGGUCCUCCAAUUAACCGCCCUCCGCCUCAAUUGGUUGCCUUUAACCGCCCUCUUCCGCGAUUAGACUAUCCCCUGAGUCUCGGGGUGCCAACAACUAAACGGCGGCCUCCACCACGGCUGGACUAUCCUCUGAGUCCGGGGCAAAAGUCGGCUUAUUCUCCACCUCAUUAUUAUACUUUCCCCUACCAUCAAGGUCCUAAAAGUCCAGGAGUAUCAUCACAAUCUAGUCAGAGUCCCAUUUCCAGCUCUCCUAGGAGUCCUUCCUUGGAAAAUGUUAUAUGCAAUGUUCAGAUAUCAGAUAGCAAGCUCGGUGCUCCUGCAUCACCCUCUGCUCCUGCAUCACCCCCUGCUCCUGCUGCACAAACUGGCCCUUUUGCACCACAUUUUGCGCAUUCGAAUUCAGUUCCAUUUCAUGGGAAGAAUGAUGAAUUUAAUGGUUGUUCGGAUAAAUUAUCAGGCAGGAGACGUUCUACCUCUGAUGUAGGGGAUUUAAAGACUUCGCCUAGUGUGUGUAAUGAAUCGCCACGUAACCAGAGUUUGCAGCUUGCAAGCUAUAAAGGGUCUUCUUUGAGAGCUUUGCUUCUACAUGGAAAUUUAGAUAUAUGGAUUCAUGAAGCCAAUAAUCUUCCAAAUCUAGACAUGUUCCACAGAACUUUGGGGGAUAUGUUUGGCAAAAUGCCUGGUAGUCCGGGCAAGGGCAAUACCAGCGAUCCUUAUGUGUCAAUUCGUGUAUCAAGUGCUGUGAUUGGGAGGACUUUUGUGAUUAAGAACUGUGAGGACCCCGUUUGGGAGCAGCAUUUUUGUGUUCCUGUUGCGCAUAAUGCUGCUGAAGUUAUCUUUCAUGUUAAGGACAGUGACGUCGUGGGAUCAGAACUCAUUGGUGUUGUGGCGAUUCCAGUCGAACAAAUACACUCGGGGGAAGUAAUAAAAGGGGCCUACCCGAUUUUGAAUAGUAAUGGGAAACCUGUUAAGCAAGGUGCUGUAUUGAGCCUAACCAUACAGUACACUCCAAUUGAUAAACUAGUCAUGUAUCAACAAGGAGUUGGAGCAGGUCCUGAGUAUAUCGGGGUUCCCGGCACUUAUUUUCCAUUGAGGAGAGGUGGAACUGUUACUCUAUAUCAAGAUGCUCAUGUUCCAGAUGGCUGUCUCCCUAAUUUGAUGCUUGAUAAUGAGAUGCAUUAUGUGCAUGGAAAGUGUUGGUUUGACAUAUUUCAAGCAAUAAGUCAAGCUCAACGGUUGAUAUAUAUCACGGGCUGGUCAGUAUGGCACAAAGUUCAGUUGAUUAGGGAUGCCGGCCCAACGGAAAGCCUUGGCCAUCUUUUGAGGUCUAAGUCACAGGAAGGAGUAAGAGUGCUUCUCCUUGUUUGGGAUGACCCUACAUCAAGAAACAUCCUUGGUAUACAAACAGAUGGUCUCAUGGCAACUCAUGAUGAGGAAACUCGAAAAUUUUUCAAGCAUUCUUCAGUACAAGUGCAGCUUUGUUCUCGCAAUGCAGGAAAACGACAUAGCUGGGCAAAACAAAAGGAAAUUGAAGCAAUAUAUACACAUCAUCAAAAAACUGUAAUGGUGGAUGCUGCUGCUGGAAAUGGCAAAAGAAAAAUUAUAGCAUUUGUUGGUGGACUUGAUUUGUGUGACGGACGAUACGAUAAUCCAUACCAUCCUCUCUUUAGGACAUUGCAAACACUGCAUAAGGAUGACUAUCACAAUCCAUGUUUCGCGGGUAAUACUGGUGGUUGCCUGCGAGAGCCGUGGCAUGACUUGCACUCUAAAAUUGAUGGUCCAGCGGCUUAUGAUGUUUUGGCAAACUUUGAGGAGAGAUGGUUAAGAGCUGCAAAACCUAAAGGGGUUUCAAAGGUAAAAGGUAAUGCAUAUGAUGAUGCACUGCUUAGAUUAGAACGGAUUCAAGAUUUUUUGACUGUGAAUGAUGUUCCUAGUGUCGAUGACGAUAAUCCUGAGGCUUGGCAUGUUCAGAUAUUUCGCUCGAUUGAUUCUAAUUCUGUCAAGGGAUUUCCAAAGGAUCCAAAAAUAGCACAAAGCAUGAACUUGGUAUGCAGAAAGAAUGUGAUGAUUGACAUGAGCAUACAUGAAGCAUAUGUGAAGGCGAUCCGUUCAGCACAACAUUACAUUUAUAUAGAGAACCAAUAUUUCAUUGGAUCCUCAUUCAAUUGGAGUCAGACUCAAUAUAAGGAUCUUGGUGCUGAUAAUUUAAUUCCAAUAGAAAUUGCUUUGAAGAUUGCUGAAAAGAUUAGAGAAAAUCAGAGAUUCGCUGUGUACAUUGUUAUUCCAAUGUGGCCAGAAGGUAUUCCAACAGGGGCUGCCACCCAAAGGAUUCUAUAUUGGCAGAACAAAACAAUGCAAAAUAUGUAUCAGACAGUAUAUAAUGCUUUGGUUGAGACUGGACUUGAAACUGCAUUCUCUCCACAAGACUAUUUGAACUUUUUCUGUCUUGGCAAUCGCGAGGCCUGUGGUAUAUAUGAGAAUGUUAAUGGAACUGGAGCUCCUCCCCCAGCAAAUAGUCCACAGGCACAAAGUCGAAAUAAUGGAAGAUUCAUGAUUUAUGUUCAUUCAAAGGGUAUGAUAGUUGAUGAUGAAUAUGUGAUAAUUGGUUCUGCAAACAUCAACCAGCGCUCCAUGGACGGAGGAAGGGACACAGAGAUUGCAAUGGGAGCCUACCAACCUCAUCAUACAUGGGCAAGAAACAAUUCUGCUCCUCGUGGACAGGUCCAUGGCUAUAGGAUGUCACUAUGGGCAGAACACACAGGGACAAUUGAAGAGUGCUUCUUCCAACCGGAGAGCCUUGAAUGUGUCUCAAGGGUUAGAACAAUGGGUGAACUGAAUUGGAAACAAUACUCAGCUAAAGAGGUAUCAGAAAUGAGAGGCCAUCUUAUGAAGUACCCUGUAGAUGUUGAUAGGAAGGGUAAGAUUAAACCCAUUCCUGGCUUUGAAGAGUUUCCUGAUGUUGGAGGCAAGAUUGUUGGUUCAUGCUUUGGCAUUCAGGAGAAUCUAACCAUUUAGAUUAUCACAUUUACUCAUUCAUUCAUUCAUUAUUCGAUCAUAGUUAGGUUCCUUCUCCCAAGAGGCACUCUCUCAGUGACUAGAAUUCGGAUUA